AAGAGGGCUGGUAUAUUUGUGUCUGCUGGAGGUGGAAUUAACACUAAGAAGGAGAAAGAGAGUGAAGGGACUUACAGGAAGGUUUGCAAGUAAAUUCAGGAAAACACAUUGACUUGAAUAGUACAACCUUGAGUCUUGUUUUACACUAAGACGACACAAAAGAUGUUAAAGUUAUCACCAAGCUGCCGGACAAAUAUAUAUUCCAACACCAAGGUGCAGAUCAGCAUAGAUCUGUGACUCAGAAAUCAGGAUUUAUCUUGGAAAGAGCUCAAGGGUUGAGAAGAACUCAAGAGCAAGUGAAGAUCACUGUGGGAACUACAGUUUAUUAGAAGAUCAACUUUCGUUCAUUCCAAUACCAAAGGCCUGAUUAUCAUAUAUUGAUAUAGGAAUGCAUAGGUCAUCUGAUCAAAUAAUAUUAGCCGCCUUCUGCUCCAUCCAUGCAGCAAAAGCUCUUAACAACUGUGGAUAAUUGGAAAUUCGAGUUUCAGCUUUCUUAGAAAUAACUACUCUUGACAUAUUUCAAAAUACUGAAAAUAGAGCAGGAAAAUCAGUGAGGAUGUGUGUUCAGAAAUGUCACUCUCACUUCAGAAAUGAAGAAUAGGUAAACUUGUUUUUCAGCUACUGGGAAAAUAUACCUCCUAAGAACUUAGAAUUUUUUUUUUUUCUUUCUGGUAAGAGGACAAGAAGGACUAAAAAUAUCAACUUUUGCUUUUGGACAAAAAUGCAUCUGACUGUAUUUUUACUUAGGGGUGUUGUGGGUUUCCUCUGGAGCUGCUGGGUUCUAGUGGGUUCUGCGAAAGGAAGUUUGGGAGACAAUCAUGUUCACUCCAGUUUUAUUUAUAGAAGACUACGGAACCACGAAAGACGGGAAAUACAGAGGGAAAUUCUCUCUAUCUUGGGUUUGCCUCACAGACCCAGACCAUUUUCACCUGGAAAACAAGCUUCCUCUGCACCUCUUUUUAUGCUGGACCUGUACAACGCCAUGGCCAGUGAGGAGAACCCCGAGGAGUUGGAGUACUCCGUGAGGGCGCCCCUGGCAGCAGACUCCCGGGGAGCCAGGAAGGGCUCCCCAGCCUCUCCCAAUGGGUACCCUCGCCGCAUCCAGCUGUCUCGAGCGUCUCCCCUGACCACCCAGAGUCCUCCGCUAGCCAGCCUACAUGAUGCCAACUUUCUGAAUGAUGCUGACAUGGUCAUGAGCUUUGUCAAUUUAGUUGAAAGAGACAAAGAUUUUUCGCACCAGCGAAGGCAUUACAAAGAAUUCCGGUUCGAUCUUACGCAGAUUCCUCACGGAGAAGCAGUGACGGCAGCAGAAUUCCGGAUAUACAAGGAUCGGAGCAACGGCCGGUUUGAAAACGAAACGAUUAAGAUUAGCAUAUAUCAGAUCAUCAAGGAAUAUGCAAAUAGGGAUGCAGAUCUAUUCUUGUUAGACACAAGGAAGACCCAAGCUCUCGAUGUGGGUUGGCUUGUCUUUGAUAUCACUGUGACCAGCAAUCAUUGGGUGAUUAAUCCACAGAACAAUUUGGGCUUACAGCUUUGUGCAGAAACAGGAGAUGGUCACAGCAUCAACGUGAAGUCGGCCGGCCUCGUGGGACGACAUGGGCCUCAGUCAAAACAGCCAUUCAUGGUGGCCUUCUUCAAGGCGAGCGAGGUGCUUCUCCGGUCUGUGAGAGCAGCCAACAAGCGAAAAAAUCAAAACCGCAAUAAAUCCAGCUCUCCUCAGGACUCCUCCAGAGUGUCCAGUGUUGGAGAUUAUAACACCAGUGAACAGAAACAAGCCUGUAAAAAGCAUGAGCUCUAUGUGAGUUUCCGGGAUCUGGGGUGGCAGGACUGGAUUAUAGCGCCAGAAGGCUAUGCUGCAUUUUAUUGUGAUGGAGAGUGUUCUUUUCCACUCAAUGCUCAUAUGAAUGCUACCAACCAUGCCAUAGUUCAGACUCUGGUUCACCUGAUGUUUCCUGAUCACGUACCCAAGCCGUGUUGCGCGCCAACCAAAUUGAACGCCAUCUCUGUGUUGUACUUUGAUGACAGCUCCAACGUUAUUUUGAAAAAGUACAGAAAUAUGGUCGUGCGUUCGUGUGGUUGCCACUAAUAGUGCAUAAUAAUGGUAAUAAGAAAAAGAUCUGUAUUAAGGUUUAUGACUACAAUAAAAACUAUCCUUUCAGAUAAAAGGGGAAUUUAAUAAAAUUAGUCUGGCUCAUUUCAUCUCUCUAAUCUAUGUACAAGAGCAUGUAUAUAGUCACUUUUAUUUAUUUAAAGGUAUAUAUUCUCCUUUGUGGAUGCCUUUGCAGUAAAAUGUAUUUUAGGUCACUUCAUUAUGCAAAAAAUUGCCCAUUCUAAUUUUUCAUAGGCUAUGCUGAAUCCAAUUCAAUUUCACUUCAAUAUUUUUAAUGUAAUUUUUAUACAAUUUUCUGAAAUUAGACAGAACUCCGUUGACUGUUAAGUAUUGUUGAAGGAAGCUGAAUGCAUUUGGUUAUGCUGUGCCAAUGUAAACUGAUAGGAUAUUUAUUGAUAUUUAGAAUGAGACUUAAAAAAAUAACCACCCAAAACAAAAAUGCUUGGAGGAACACAAUUUUUCUUUGAGAGUUUCUGCUUCAUUAGAUAAAGUGAAAUGUUGAGCUGGCUUUGAGUAAAUAAACGGGAGCAGAACACAGAAGCUGAAAGAUUGCAUGUAAUUGUUGUAACUGUUUGCUUGAACAGAAUUGGUUUAACUGUAGGAAAGCGUUCCUUCUUGGCUCACCGGUUGUAGAUUUUGCAAAGAGCUCAAAGCUUCAGGAAUUCUGUGGAGACAGACUUGAGCCUGUGUCCAUAAUUUUCCAAGUUAACACUAAAAAAGCAUAGUACAACCUUCUUACCUCAAAUAAAUCAUGUCUGCCUAUUAUCUAGAACACUACUGCUGCAGUUUUUGUGGGUUUUUUGUCAGAUUUAAAAACAGUCCAAAAUAAAGAAACAUUUACACGUGCUCCCCUUCCCUCCCCACAGAUGAGAGUCACUGCAUGCAUAAAAUAUACCCGAGCAAAGCGGCCGACAGAGCCGUUUUCUGUAGCUCUCUUUUAUAACUGAGUUUGCUGAUUGAUGUGAUGCAAGGGAUUUUAUUUAGGGUAAAAGCACUGAAACUCAACUGGAGGAAAUUACCCCAAAUCCCAGAAUGGCUUUGACAGAAUUGCCAUUUCGAAAGAACAGCUGAAAUCCAUUUUUCAUAUCUUGGAGAAUGAGCUCAUUGAAAACCUUAUUUUGGAGGGGGAUUUUUGUAAACCUUCCUCCAAGCACAAAUAAUUCCAAGUGGGAAGGUUCUGUUGUAUGUAUGUGCAUGUGUGUUCUUCCCUCUGAAAUUAAUUUAUUUUCUCUCUCUGUUUCUCUCUCUCUGCCUUUUAAGGCUUGUCUUUAACCCACUGACUUUUGGAAGAAUGACAUUUAGUGGAUAAGUUGCUAUUUAUGUGGGCUCCACGGCUAGGAUUAUUUACAAUUCAUCUAAAAUACUCAUAAAGCACCAUUUAUUAAUCACCCUUUUGGACUUUCUAAGUACAACUUGUAUCAAAAAUAGCUUAAAAAUGUUAUGGGUUUGUUCAUGAUUCAGGAAUAUUGCCAUGUUGUUUUAAAAUACAGAUUGUCUUAAAGUAAAUUUGAUAAUAACUCUAUUGGGGGUACAUUAAGUAAUAUAUUUUUGAAUUAAUGGUAUACCAUUAUAAGAAUAAUAAAUGAAAGUAUAUUAUAUUAUUCUUUAAAUGUGCUGUUUAAAUAUAUUUCUAUGUUUUAAAAUAUAUUAAACUUGUGAUGCUAGUUCCUAUUGUGCUGCUUGAUUUGGCUUUUCUUUUUUUUAAAGAGGGAUACAAAAUGUAAGUGUGUCCUAACUGAGACUAUAAGCAUAUCAGAUCUAAAAUGUUUGUGUAUUACAUGAUCUUAGUUGCCAAAACUAGUGUUUGUGUUGUUGAUAAGUAACUCACUAUUAAAUAAGCAAAGCAACCAUCCAUGAGUUAAAUAUUUUCUUAAUCUGUUCCAACAAUAAGGAAAAUUUUUAAAUAGCAAAAAAAUAAAUGAUUAGGAUGGGAAUUGACCUUAUUUAUUCUCUUUCAUUUAAGAAGGGAGAUAUUUAGCAUCAGUAUUUUUAUAUUUUCUCAAAAUAUGUAUGAAUAUAUAUAUAUAUAUCUGCGCAUAUGGUCAGUCACAUUAUUUUCAAAUAACUAUUAGAGUAAAUGCUUAGUAUUACUUUGAAUGCUCAGACUAUUACAAGAAAUGAGAAUAAUUUGGUUUAUUUUAACAGGAUCCAAACUACUCAGGUCUUUUUGGUUAGUUAUGCAUUGACUUUUCUGUUGGUAUGUUUUUAAUUUUUCUGCUUUGUAAAGUGGUCCUAAUCAUUUUUGUUACUAGAAGGGCAAAAAUGACAAAUACUCAUUGUUCUUUAAAACUAAGGCAAAAAUAAAUUUGUCUGUACUGAAGUUAAGAAAGAAACAGACACAGAAAAGAAAAUGCAAAAACAUUUUUUUCCUCAAGUAAAGAACUGUCAUUUAAUAAUUCCUGUAUCACCAGCAUUGAAUCUAAACCAGCAUCUAGGAGCUACUAUAUAGUCUGCAAAUUUCAUCUCUCAAGACAUUUACAAUGAAUAGGUAGCUUAUAGUAUAACUUCACUCGAGGCAGAAGAAAUCCUCAUUUCCAAAGACAAGUCACUGUCUCAUAACAAUUCAGUCAAUUGUGCCGUAGAUCAUGUGAUCUGGCUCUCAGAUUACCUGCUUUUCUAUGUUCUUUCUUUUGCAUUUUGUGGGGAGGGGCCUGGUGCUUUUCAAAGUUACAAGUGAAGAUGCCUUUGUUGUUAAAGCACAUAUAUCACUACGUAUUUAUCUAUACAUCUGUAUUUUAUCGUUUACUUUCUUUUUAACCAAAGGAAAAAUAGGAAAAGUAACAAUCAUUGACGGUAUACAUUCUUAUGUAUGUAGAAAGGUGACAGUCUAUUCAAAUUAACAAAAAAAAAAAAAGAGCCAAGUUUUGCAAAAUUACUUCCAAGUCUGUUGUCAUACUUGUUAGAAGUUGUUUGAAAGAUGGGGAAUUCAAAGACAGGAGAACCAGGAUCAGGUACAGCCUUUAAAAGUACAAAGAAACUUCAGACUUUGAAAAACAUGCACUUUAACCUUUGCAUAUUAGUUUCAACUUUACAGAGGCAGCUAGCCUCCAAUCGGGUGGGUAGAGAAUGGGGAGAAGCAAUUCAGCCUCAAAUCCAGAGGCUCGAGUAUGGGAGGAUGAGAGGAAGGAAGCACUGGAAAAACAGCCUCCAGACUAAGCAUCUGGAAACAAGACCAAAGCUGAUGGUUCAGUGGGGCGUGGUUGGUGUUUCUUCCCAGUUCACUGUGGCUCUAAUGACAUGAUGAAAUACAAUAGGACCAACCAAAAAAAAAAGAAGAACUAGACUAGUUAUUUUCCUGUCCAUACCUAUAGGAAAAGCCCAAACUAGGAAAAUGAUUUUCUACCUUGAGCCACAGGCCAAUAAGAUGUCUCUGAUUAUCUUUACCCUUUCUUCAUUAAAACAUACUUAUUACACACUCACUUAUAAGUAAGUAUAUUUAUUUAAACAAAAUGCAUACACUGACAUACUUAUAAAGACAUAUUGUUUUAAAGAAGAGAGAAUAAAAACAUGAAUGUGAGUAUGUGUGCUCAGUCAUGCCCAACUCUUUUGUGAUCCCAUGAACUGUAGCCUCCCAGGUUCCUCUGUCCAUGGAGUUUUCUAGGCAAGAAUACUGGAGCGAGUUGCCAUUUCCUACUCCAGGGGAUCAAAUCUAUGUCUCUGGCGUUUCCUGCAUUGGCAGACAGAUUUUUACUACUGGCUCGCCUGGGAAGCCCACAAAAACGUGAAUGCAAAAUGUUUUAGGAACUCCCCUGACAGUCCAGUAUUUAACACUACACUUCCAAUGCAGGGGGCACAUGUUCCAUCCCUGGUCAGGGAACAAAGAUUCCAUAUGCUGACGGUGUGGCCGAAAAAAAAAUUUUUUUUCUUUAAAGCAAAAUGUUUUAAAUGAAGAACAGAACUUCUGUGAAGGAAAAAUAUAAUACUGGAUUUAAACUUUAUAGGAUAUGUUAUGGGAAACACAGUGGGUGGAAAGACAGAUAAGAAAGAAUUAUCCAGGAGACAGCAUUGAAACAUAUAAAGUGAUGGAAAGUCAAAGAGAAUUCAAAGUUAACAAAGUUGUAACAUCCAUUUAAUCAAUAUUGCAGAGAACUGGGGACAAUUUAGGGGCAAACAGCAGACCAAAGCUUGCUUCUCAACUUGGAAGGCAGUGAACAGAUAGUCACUAUCUUCAUAUUGCUCAGGAAAAAUAGCUGUCAUUUGGAAUUCUGUAUCUGUAUCCAACAAAACAUUAGGGCAAAAGAAAAACAUUCUUAGGCAAAUAAAAAUUAGAAUUUACCAUACAUGGUAAAGCCACUGCUAAAGGUUUUACCUCAGGAAGAACCAAAAUUAACCCCCAAUGGUAAUGUAUACAAAUACUAUGAACAAGAAAAUAAUAAACAUGGGGUAGAUUAAAAUAAAAAUGUUUAGCAAUUGUGGUUUAAAACAGCAAGAGAGUUAAAUUAAGUAGGGCUAGCUAUAGCAAAAUAUUGUACAACUAUAGAAUGCAUUGGAAGGUAGGUGUUUGAAAAUACAGCUUUUGUGUUUUGCUUAAUGAUGAUGAUUAAAUUAGACUCAUAAACAAUGCAUAUUUUGAACCAGGGCUGGGCAAACUCUUUCUGUAAAAAUGUGGUAAUAAGUAUUUAGGGCUUUGUGUUUGCAAUUACUUACCUCUGCCACUGCAGUGUGAAAGUAGCC